AUGUGUACGGAAACAACCUAUACCUUACGAUGCGAGCACGUCAAUACCUUGUCGUCAUACUGCUCUGAUGCACCGUCGUCGUCCAAGUCGUCCACUCGCAAACAACGAAAGCCUUGCAAGAAGGUUGAGCGAAUCGCAGUGAAUCAUCCGCCACCGCCCGAGUUUGGCAAAGAAGCCAAGUGCCCCGUGGAAUCUUGUCCCUUUGAGAAGAAGGAUGGUUACUGGAACUGCUGCUGGUGCGGGAAAGAAUGGAAUGACACGGGGAGGUGCUGUUGUGUCAUGAUCAUCGAUAGGCAGCAAUACCGGUGUGAGCACCUGUGUUGCGAUACAUGCGAAGCCGCUGUCGAGAUGUGA